ACAUGGCGCGAGCACGUCGCAUCGUCAGGUACGUUCCCCACUCUGCGUGUCCGCGUCUGUGACCGCGCGCCACCGGGUGCGCGCAGGACCCGUCCCUACAGCAGAGCAGCAGCGCAUCCAUCCUGCCGUGGAGCCGGGAGCGUGGAGCCGCGAGGAGCGCACAGAGAGAGAGAGCGAGCGAGCGAGAGAGAGAGAGAGAUAGAGAGAGAGAAGAAGAAGAUGGACGGAGUGGGAUCGUUCGGAGCGGGCCGGACCGGGUCUACCUUCGACCCGAUUGCUUUCGCCAAACAACCGCAGACCAUCCUCAGAGUGCUGUCCUGGAUUUUUUCCCUGGUGGUCUUCGCCUCCAUUGUGAAUGAGGGUUAUGUGAACAUGGGUAGCGAGCGUCUGCACUGUGUUUUCAACAAGAAUGCGGAUGCGUGCAACUAUGGUGUGUUCGUGGGCCUGGUGGGCCUGUUGGCGUGCUCCUUCUUCUUCUUGCUCGACUACAAGUUUUCCUCCAUCAGCUCUGUCAAAGACAGGAAGAAGGCUGUCAUGCUUGAGAUCGGCUUCUCAGGUUUCUGGGCCUUCCUGUACUUUGUAAGUUUCUGCUUUCUGGCCAAUCAGUGGUCUCGGACCACGGAGGACGAGCUGCCGCUCAACCAGGGGGCAGAUGCAGCCCGGGCUGCAAUCGCCUUCUCUUUCUUCUCCAUAAUCACCUGGGCUGGCCUUACAGUGCGUGCAGUCCAGAAGUAUAUGCUUGGUACAGACAUGACCCUGUUCACCACGGAGCACAUGGACGGCGGCGCGCCCACCCAGCCGUACCCCUCCAAUUCACCAGGAGGCGGCACCACUGAGACCACAGAGACCUACCAGAGCCCACCCUUUACUGAGAACAACGCAGCCCCCACAUACCAGGUUCCCAUUUACUAGAUAAGACAGACCUGAUGGAAGAAGAAGAAGGUGGAGAGAAGAGGGGAAGAGAGGAAAGUUCAAGAAAUUUGCUUUCUGUGAUGUUACACGUGCAGUUGUUUUGAUCUGGGCUGAGUUUUUCAAUCAUGUAAAAGAAAAAGGCCUCUGCUUCUUUGAUUCCUCCUCUUGUUCGCUUUCUGUCCUUAACAUUCCAGCUUUAUCUGUGCUUUUCUAGACCUGUGUGCUUGAACUACUUUAGCAGAUCCAGUGUCCUCAGAUCAGAGCAGAUGAGAGAAAAAAGAAAACAAGAGAGGGAAUUAUAGAAGAGGAGGCCACUUUGCAGUAUUCAAACACACACAAAAAAAGAGAUGAAGGGAUCAACAAGUGAGGUACUCCACCACAAAGCGGUGUUAGAUUACUAAAUAUAGUGCGUACAGCACCUUCAUCUUAUUCUUUUCAUUCAUUAAACACCUUAAGUGUCAAAAUAUUCCCUCUCAUGCCAAACAGUUAACAGGGAAUGUUUUUGCUCCAGUGCGGUUCGGUUGUUCAUCCCUCUUCCCCUGCUGCAGUUAAAAGUGAUCAUGUGUAUUGAAUCUGCAUGUUUUUCAAACUUAGAGAUCAACUAAGUGCCAUACUGUACUGUGUGUCUCAGACAGUGACUUAAUUUAGUAGAUUUACACAUGCUGUAAAAAAAAAAAAAAAAAAGACGACAAUGUUUUGUGACCAAGUGCAAUAUCUCACAUUCUUAUGUAGGUAGGUAUAAACUGUACUGUAAGUAGGCAUAGUUAGCGUCAGAUUAGACCAAUUGUAGGCACUGUCUCAAAUUACAUGUUAGUCUUUGAACUGUACUAACAAAUCUCAGGCAAAUUUGAUACGUUUAAAUUGUUGAUCUGACUUCGAUUGAGCUGCCCUGGUAAAGUUUUCGGCAGAUCUGGAGAAAGCUUUUCAUCCACAGAAGCUAAUUUGAAUUAAAAUAGUAUUGAUCAAGAUGCUUUUAUAUCAUCUUUUCCGAGUAUUUAAGGUCUUCCUGGAUGUAGUGGAGUCAUUAUCUUAACACGGUUUAAAGGAAAUCAUCACCACAAUGCAAAAUUUUCCUUGAGUGCAUUGCAAUAGCUGAGUGAUUUUGGUUCCUUCAUGAGCAAGAGUUGAUCACAUUUAAGAUUCACUCAGUGUUCAGUCUGUGUCAUAUUUCUGUGCCAGGGAAUGUAUGUAAUGGGUUAUUUGAGACAGUGUCCUAUGUUGAGUGUUGUCUGUUUAAAGGGUGAGUGGGGGAGAUUUGGGGUAAACCAGGUCUGUUUAUGUUUACGUUUUAGAAGCUGCCAAACUGCCCUGUGUUCUUAUUGCUGUCUUCUGAUUACCACGUUACUACUAUGUUGUUAAUGUAGGAUUUUAUGUGAUCACAAAGCAGUGGGGAGGGGGGGCAACAGAUGAGCUUUUGUUCAGUGAGGGAGGGCAGGUUUCUGGAGGAUUCAGGUCAGUCUCAGGCAAAAGAAAAAUCUGUUUGUGGUAAAGAAGGAACAAGGAUGUCAAGGAUUGCUAGCUGGCUAAUUUAUUGAUCAGUUCAGCUUUUGAGG